AUGGCCGAACUUCUUAUUUCAUAUGGUUCAAAUAUCAAUGAAAAAGAUAAUGAUGGGAAAACUACUCUUCAUACUGUAGCAUAUAAUAAUAGUAAAGAAAUAGCGGAACUUCUUAUUUCAUAUGGCAUAAAUAUCAAUGAAAAAGAUAAAUCUGGGAAAACCCCUCUUCAUUAUGCAGCAGAAAAUAAUAGUAAAGAAGCAGCCGAACUUCUUAUUUCGCAUGGUAUAAAUAUCAAUGAAAAAGAUAAAUAUGGGAAAACCGCUCUUCAUUAUGCAGCAGAAUUUAAAGAAAUGGUCGAAAUUCUUAUUUCAAAUGGUGCAAAUUAG